AUGGCGGACAACCUAAAGAAGCUGACUCUGAAGGAAUUUAACAUUUCAGAAAGGACCGGGUUUGCAUUCGAAGAUUCUUUGGAAAUGCUACCUGAAUAUUUCAAGCCUUGGAAUGACCUUGCCAGUUGUAUUGUCGAAUUGAUUGAAAAUAAAACCGCCCGGAAACACAUAGACCAGUUAGUAUUAUUAGACCACAGAAAGUUGUCUGGACGAGCUGAACUGUUUUUGGCCCACUUACAGCUAUCUCGGUUUGUAACCGGAUAUGUUUGGGAAAACGGAGUGGAUGAUCGGGCUAAGAAAAUACCGAGAUGCAUAGCUGUACCAUUUUAUGGGGUGUCUGAAAUGUUGUCUAUGCCUCCAGUCAUAACAUACUGUGACGUUGUAUUGGCGAACUGGAAACGAAUUAACCCGGAGGGGAACAUCAGGUCGAUUAUCAAAAUGCCAGGGGGACAAGAUGGUGAAAAUUUCAUACGACAUAGUACCACGAUAGAACUGGCUUUUACACCAGCUAUUCAGCGAAUACUAGAUGCGGUGUAUGCUGCAGAGGCGUCAGACUCCCCAGCGCUUACAAACUGUCUGUUGGAUGUUGCUGCUGUGCUGAGGAAAAUGACCGCCAUGUUCUCCGAUUAUCACGAUCUCGUUAAUCCUGAGAAUUUAUACAAGGUGUUUUUGCGGUAUACCGGCGGGUAUGGGCAAGGUCAACCAUUACCAGAAGGUCUCUUGUUUGAAGGUGUCAAUGACGAACCAGUAGCAGCCCCUUCAGCCACUGCUGGCCAGUCAUCCUCCAUUAAGCUUGUAGACGCUGCCUUGUCUGUACAGCAUAGCCAGGAUAUAUCAACAGCCUUCAAAACCCACAGAAUGCACAUGCCACUAACACACAGGAAUUUCGUUGAUGUUGUAGAACAACGGUCACAAAUACGUAAUUAUGUCACUAAAAGCCAGGACAAUGCCCUGACAUCAGCCUUCGAAAGCUGUCUGCGAAAUCUGACCGACUUUAGGAGUGCCCACAUCAAGAUUGUUGCAAAGUAUGUAGUGGCGGUUGGAACAGGAGACCCUGGUAUAGACAGUGAGUUCAAUUAA